CAGCGACUCCUCCCCCAUCAGGCCAGAAGAAGCAGUUCAUGAAGACGCCAGCACACCGUUCCGGAAGGCGAAAGCCUUGUACGCCUGCCAGGCUGAGCACGACUCGGAGCUCUCGUUCACCGCAGGCACCGUCUUUGAUAACGGACCCAGGCCUGGCUCUCGGCUGUGCAGGAGUUCACCCGUCUCAGGAGCCUGGCUGGUUGGAGGGGACUCUGAACGGAAAGACUGGCCUCAUCCCUGAGAACUACGUGGAGUUCCUCUAACCAUGGGCCCCAGCAGAACUGCUGAGCUUUCCAUGGUUUCCAUGACAACUGCUGAGUCCUGUGUUGUAGGUCGUUUCUCCUUGCCGCCGAGAAGUGCAGGGUGGCUGACUCUGCUGCUACCUGUCAACACGAGUGUUUCUGUGAACUUUGGUGUCACCCAUCCCCACAAUCAUCUCAGCCGACAUGUGGUGACAUUGCCAGAAACAAGUAAAUCAGCAGGGGAGGCCAUUUGAUUUUGGUAACAGGGAGAAAGGCUGCCAAAGCCAUUUCUCUCAUUCAGCACCCUGAAUGGGGAGCACUUAUUUUGUUUCAACAGUCACCCAAAUUCCCAGCCUUCUGAAAGUGGAAAUAAGAUCUAAGUAGUCCUCAAGCGCAUGCAGGCCAGGUGCUGGCUCCGAGAUCCAGGAUGGGUCCAUUGCUUUUGUUUACAGGAGACACUCUCACCCACCUCUACAUACUUGAGACGCGCAGUGCUACAGGCAGCUGGGUCUGUUUGUUUGCAUGCAGCAUGGAGAGGGCUUACAGCACUGUUUACAUAAGAUCCAAUCUCUCACCAUCUCUAAAACAGCCUUGGCUCAGCAUUAGCAGAAUUCAGUCCAGUCCUCUCAUGCAAGGGAACACACACACCCCACUUUCCCCUCCUCCCAAGCUAGGAACUUCUCUGCCACCGACGGCUGCCGCCACCUCGUAACCACGGCAACCCAACCUACUCUAAAACCAAACCAAAAAAAUAACACACUGUCUUUGCGUGACACAUUAUUUUUUCUCCCCCCUUUUGGAUCGUUUUUUGAAUGGUUUUCCAAUAACCUGGAGCAGAAGAUCAAGGAAUUAGAGUGGUCUGCUCAGGGCAGACAAAAUAGCAACUGGGAACUUUUUCCUUUCUGAUUUAUUUCAGCGGCAGCAGGAUAUAUUUGGAGCAAACUCUAGUAACCUCUUGAGAUUGAAUUACAUGCAGGCUUAAUAUUUCUGUUCUUCCAUGCAACUGGUGUUUGCUUUCUAGAGGGUAUGCAAUAUGCUGCCUCUCAAUGGGUGGGUGACACCCUCCCUUUCCUGCCUCACUCCCUAAUGGCCUCCAGUUUACCUGUCCUUUCCCCUGCCCUCAUCUGCCUCUAGCCCAUCACUGACCACUCCUGGCAGUGCCCUAGGCUGCUGAGCACUGGUGCCCUGGUGGUUUUCAGGGCUGAUUCCUAGGUCAGCCCUAUGGCCUAUAGUUUAAAAGGAUAUACAUGUUCACUGCCACUCAGAAAAAGGGAACUGUUUCUCAGGCUUUUGAGUCAUGAGACUAACAUCAAAAGCCAUUGUGAUUCAGAAGGAUACCAAAAGUUUGGGGUGUGGAAGGUGGGAUGGGCAUCUUCUGAGAAAGGGAAUUCCCUGGGUGGAGAAGUUGGCCUGGACACUUCAGAUUGACUUGGCCUCCAAAGGACAGAGUCCCCAGGAUCUUCCACACUUGAAUGUCCUUGCAAGAGUGACUCUGGGCAGGCAAACUCCAAACGGAUGGACUGUUGAGCUCCCAGGAUCCCCCAGGAUGGCAGCCGUGCUCCAGAGUAUUUCCUGUGUCUGGAAUUCCUCUAGGGAAGUUUCAAGAAGAAGAGAAAAACUUGAAUUGUGUUGAAUUACUGUAUCUUUUACAUUUUUUUUUUUUUUUUGGAAAGAUAAACCUGUAAAUAGAGUGAUUUGAAAUACUGUA